AUGUCGAAUAAUCCGUUCAUAACAUGCAAUAUGGCGUCGUCCAUGACGGCAACUGAAGAUUAUAGUCAUACAGAUCAGUUUCUGCCAACGCAUAACCAUACGAGUUCUGGUAAUUCAAUAUUGUCGUCGCCGAAGACUAUUAACUCGAGUUUUGAAGAGAGCCCUAAAUUUGGGGUUAUAAACUACAGUCCCAAGCAUUCACGAAAACCCAGUUCGUUGACGGUGAACAGAAACAUAAAUAUGAAGAACUUGUCGUUGAACCUUUCGCAUUCCAAUAAUAACACUUCUACAGAACAACUCACUACAGACCCCACAACAGAGAAGGCUACUACACGAAAACAUGAGGCGGAAAAGCCUGAGACAGGCGAUAUAUUCAAUAAACCUCCUAUAACAAGACGGAAAACGUUGACAUUAUCUAUACCGGCGAAUUCCAUGGCGGAAGACUUGCCAUUAGUGACGCCGAACGUCACCAAGACGCCGUCGAUGCCCCCAUUAAUGUCCGGAUUCAAGAGCAACACAGAAUCCGAUCUUCUUGAUCGUGAGCACGAGCAUAACUCCUUUCGAUUUGAGCCUCCAAAUGUAGGCAGUUCGAAUCCAUUUCUGAACUCGAACUUACAAAGUCCAUUUAUGAACGAUAAGACGUUCGUUCACGAUUUUUCAAAAAUCAGCAUAAAUAAUGAGAAACCUAUCUAUUCGAGGAUACCUGAAGAAUUACAGGAACAGAGCCAACUAGAUGCAUACAGAAAUGGCCCGUCAGAUGUGCUCAAUCAUUCCAUAUACCUUUACUCCGACCCAAAUCACGGUAAUCCGAAAAUAGACAUAAAUGAAUUUGACUUGGUUAUAAACGUGGCCAAGGAAUGCAAAGACUUGUCCUCAGAGUUUGACAACAAAAAUGGAAAGAAGGAGUACUUAUAUAUCCCCUGGUCGCAUACAUCUCUAAUUCUGAAGGAACUACCGCAAAUAACAAGGAAAAUAGGCCAGUUUGAUGACAGCAAUAAAUCCCACGAUAAACGUAAAAUCCUAGUUCACUGUCAAUGUGGUGUUUCUAGGUCGGCUUGUGUAAUUGUUGCUUAUUUCAUGUACAAAUUUAAAAUUGGUGUUAAUGAAGCUUAUGAACUAUUAAAAUCAGGAACUGAUAAUAUUAACGAAUCUACAAAUACUUUGAUUAAAAAUAAGGGUUAUAAUAUUGAUGCAUGUGAUAGAAUCUGUCCGAACAUGAGCCUAAUCUUUGAGUUAAUGGAAUUUAGUGAUGCUCUAAAGAAUGAAUAG